CAAAUUUUUUUCCAAAUUUAUAUAUAUAUAUUUUCUUUUAUUUUCUUUUUAAUUUAAAAAAAAAAAACUAAAAAAAUAAAAAUUAAUAAAAGAUGGGUUACAUUUCUCUGUCCCUAGUUGCAUUACUUGUAUUUUUUGCCUCGCCGGUGGUUCUCGCCGACGAUAUAACCCCAAUUCCAGCAGACAGAGCCCUAAUCUCGCAAUGGUUCAAGGCCAAUGUUAAACCCUUUUCCCAGAGACGGGGCACGCUAGACCCUGACCUCGAAGCUGCUGAAGCAUCGAGACGUGUUAUCACCGUAAAUCAAAAUGGAGGCGGCGAUUUUAAGACAAUAAACGCAGCAAUCAAGAGCAUUCCAUUAGCAAACAAGAACCGUGUGAUCAUCAAGUUGGCUCCUGGUAUAUACCAUGAGAAAGUUACCAUCGACAUAGGCCGACCAUUCGUUACAUUGCUUGGCAAACCUGGUGCGGAAACCAACUUGACUUACGACGGAACGGCCGCUAAAUACGGCACCGUAGAGAGUGCCACGCUUAUCGUCUGGGCCACAAAUUUUUUGGCAGCCAACCUAAACAUUAUAAACACUUCUCCGAUGCCAAAACCAGGUACACAAGGACAAGCUCUAGCUAUGAGAAUCAACGGCGAUAAGGCUGCCUUCUACAACUGCAGAUUCUAUGGUUUUCAAGACACUCUUUGCGACGAUAGAGGCAACCAUUUCUUUAAGAAUUGUUACAUCGAAGGAACCUAUGAUUUUAUCUUUGGAAGAGGAGCUUCCUUGUACUUGACUACGCAAUUGCACGCUGUUGGAGAUGGAUUAAGAGUGAUCGCAGCACACAAUCGACAGAGUACAAACGAGCAAAACGGGUAUUCUUUCGUGCAUUGCAAGGUUACUGGAGUCGGAACCGGGAUCUACUUGGGUAGGGCUUGGAUGAGCCACCCUAAGGUCGUCUAUUCCUACACUGAAAUGUCUAGUGUCGUCAACCCAUCUGGAUGGCAAGAGAACAGAGUGCGCGCGCAUGACAAGACGGUGUUCUAUGGAGAAUACAUGUGCACGGGACCAGGAUCACACAAAGCGAAGAGAGUGGCACACACACAAGACAUUGACAACAAAGAAGCUAACCAAUUCCUUACCCUCGGCUACAUCAAAGGCUCCAAAUGGCUUCUCCCUCCUCCCGCUUACUAAAUCACACCCAAUCAUUACUAAAAUUAUAUACUUUUGACUAAAAAUACAUGUAUAUUGGUACAAUAGUACGUUUUGUUUUCGAAGAGUCCUCUCUUCCUGUAUAUGAUGGAGGAGUAGAGACUUGUGUAAUUUUGGUUUCAUUUUAUAAUAAAAUACUCAACUUUUCACAA